AUGGCAGGCUUCGUCACUGCGUUUAUGAACCCCCUCAACUACGUGGGCGGAGUAAGCUUCACCCCAGAGACCGACAUCCCAGAUCUAUCAGGAAAGGUUAUUCUAGUGACCGGCGGAAAUGCCGGUCUAGGAAAGGAAACAAUCCUCCAACUGAUCAAGCACAACCCGAAGAAAAUUUUCCUCGGCGCGCGCUCGGAGUCUAAGGCGCAGGAUGCAAUCAGGUUUUUGAAAUCCUCCGUUGCCAAUGACGUCGAGAUCAGCUGGCUUCCAUUGGACUUGAUGUCGGGCACAUCAAUCGAGAAUGCCGCAGAAAAGGUCAACGCCGAGUCCAGUAGACUCGACAUCCUAGUUCUGAACGCCGGCGUCAUGGCACUGCCACCCGGCGAGACAGAAUUGGGCCAUGAAAUCCAAUUAGGAACGAACCAUACCGGCCAUUUCUAUUUGACAAAAUUGCUCCUGCCAACUCUGCUCAAGACGGCCCAGGAGCCGGACUCGGAUGUGCGUGUUGUCUCCCUCUCGUCUGUUGGGCAUAAUCUUGCGCCUUCGUUCGAGACAAUCUUGGAUCAGGAGAGGCUUAAGAAGGUUAAUACCAAUGCGCGGUAUGGAGCUUCCAAGGCGGCGAAUAUUCUUUUUGCUGCUGAGCUGGCUAGACGGUACCCGUCUAUUACUUCUGUUUCUGUGCAUCCUGGUAUUAUCGUGACAGAUUUGUACAACUCGAUUAAUGAUAGCUCGCCCUUUGCGGCUAUGGGAACUAAGACUCUUGGGCUCUUUGGUUCGUCGAUUCCUCAGGGUGCUUGUAAUCAGUUGUGGGCUGCUGCUGGGGCGAAGAAGGGCGUUUUGUCGAAUGGAGGGUACUAUGUUCCUGUUGGUAAUUUGAAAUGUCAUAACAAAUAUGUUGCUAGUGAGGAUAUGGGUAAGCGUUUGUGGGAGUGGACGGAGGCUGAGCUUGUCAAGGCUAAUUUGUGA